AUGUCGGACCGCGAGGACGCCGCGUCCUCGGAAGGCGAGGGCGAGGUUAUCCGCCCGUACGGCGAGCGCGAUCCGGACCGUGAUUCUUCCGACGAGUCCGACGAGGACGAUCCGGAGGAGGCGCGCCGGAUCGCCGAGGGUUUCAUCGUGGACGGUGACGAUGACGAGGAGGAAGAUGCGGUGGAGGAUGGCGAGGAGGAGCGUCGGCGCCGGCGCCGGGAGAAGCGCAAGCGCAAGCGCCGUAGAGAGCGUGAGCGCCAGCGGCUAGAGGAGGAAGAGCUGUCCGAGGACGACCUCGAGCUGCUGAACGAGAAUGCCGGCGUCGGGGACUCGUCACGCCCACUGAAGCGGUUACGUCGGCGAUCGGGGUCGGACGAGGGCGACGCUCGCCUCCAGGGCAUGUUUGACGACGACGAUGAGCGUAUGGCCGACGACGACGACGAUCUUGCCGACUUCAUCGAGGAGGACGAGGACGAAGAGCGGACCCGUAACGAGACUGAAGAGCAGCGCCGGGAACGCAAGCGCGAGGAGAAGCAGCGCCGCCGCGAUGCUGCGCGUGCACGUCCCGAACUCGCAGGCGUGGACAAAGACUCGUGGGAGGAGAUUUUCGAUGUGUUCGGCGACGGGCAUGACUACGACUGGGCGCUCGAGGGCGAGGAGGGCAUGGAGUUCGAGGACGAGGACGACGCGAAGAAGGAUCUCCGUCUCGAGGAUGUGUUCGACCCCGCCGAGAUCAAGGAGCGCCGGCUGCAGGACGAAGACCGCGCGAUCGCCCAUGUGGACCGGCCAGAGAGGCACCAGCUCGUCAAUUCGACGCUUUCAGACAACCCGGUUCUCGUUGCCGAUACACUGUAUCCUCCUCCCGAUGUUGCUGCCAGCUGGGCCCAUAACAAAAUCGGCACACGCACACAAUAUCUGUUCUGUGGGGAUACCGAUCUGCUCUGGCCAGAACCGUCGAUGAAUGAUCCCAACCCCGAGCCUGCGCAGCCGCGCCUCGAUCUUCAGGAGGAUUUCAUUAAGGCGGUCUCGAGCGCGCUCAACAUGAUGUUCGUCAUGCACCUCGAGGUGCCAUAUCUCUGGCACUACAAGCGCGACGCGUUCAGUGUGCUUGAGAACCAGGGCCAAUCAUCGGUGCAGUUCCUCGACCGCGACGACCUGUGGACGUUGUACGGACUUGGUAUCAAGUUCCGUGCCAUCUGGCAACGUUGUGAGCAGGUCAAGGACCUGUGGGGCAAGAUCUGCAAGCGCCGGCCAGACGUUGAGGACGCCUACCUUACCCAGACGCUUCUUCCCUCUGUGUGCAACCUGUCCGUCGAGGCUGCAGGCGAAGGAGGGGAGUGGCUGGCUUACCAUUACGCCGACGACAUCCGCGCUAUCAAGGAGGAGGAGGCACUCGAGGAGGGCAGCGGCAGGCGUCCACCAGAGCGCAACCGCGACAUCGAGAUGCGCAAAGGGCCUAUCAUGCAGCUCGUCAAGGCGUUCGGCAUCAAUGUGCCAGAAAUCGCGACGGCCUUCAACGUCGUCGGUGGUGAGCCGCUCGCCCCACCACCCACGCCUGAGAAGAUGCCCAAUGAUUUGGCUGAGGAGUUUUGCGGCGAUGGGACGCCGUAUCACACGGCCAUCGACGCGCUCAACGGGGCCAAGCGCAUCCUUGCGGCCGAGUUCUCUCGCGACCCGUCCAUCCGCCAGCAGUCGCGCGAGUUCGUUGAGGCUUGCUCGCUGGUGUCGACAACCCCAACUGACCGCGGUAUGACCGUUAUCGACCAGUACCACGCCUACCACACCUUCAAAUUCUUGACAAACAAGCCUGUCGAGCUAUUCAAAAACACACCCCAGUUCCUCCACAUUCUCAAGGCGGAGGAGGAGGGACUUUUGAAGAUAGAGUUUUCGCUCCAGCCGGACGGGUUUGCCCAGUACCUCGACGCAUUGAAGCGCUGCGUCCAGUCUAAGGAUUACAGUGAGACGGCGCAGUCGUGGAAUGGGCAGCGCGAGGAGAUCAUCGAGCGGGUCGUCAACAAGGGGUACAUCCCUGCUGCCCAGCGCUGGCUCAAGGAGCACAUGCGGACGCAGGCCGAGGAGUUCGUUGCAGAGCGCUGCCGCGAGGAGCUUGAGUUCCGUGUCAACAUGCGCCCGUACGCCACGCGCGACAUGGCGGUGGGCGAGACGCCAACGGUCCUCGCCAUUACUGUCGGCCAGGGAACGGUACACGAUGCCGUCGUCGCGGUGACGGUGGACCCCGAGGGAGCUAUUCGCUCGCCGCGCAAGUUCGACAACCUGCGCGACCCUGGACCUCGCUCUGCGUUCAUCGAACUCGUGGAGAAGAGGCAGCCGAAGGUCAUCGUUAUGGGUGGUCUCUCGGUCCAGACUGGCAGGUUACGCGAUGAUGCUCAGUCGGCGCUGCGCGAGUUAGCGAUGCGGGACCUCCCCGGCGGCGCGCGCCCGCCGGUGUCUGAGAACUUCAGCUCGCACGAGGACUUCGAGGACGCCAUGGCCGACUUUGAGUCGCAUCUGCAGCGCUUCAUGAAGCCUCUUAUCUUCGUCAACGACGCGACGGCGAGGUUGUACAUGAACUCGGAGGAGGCUGCCAAGGAGCACCCCGAGCUGCCACCAAACGGCCGCUAUGCUCUCGGCCUCGCGCGGUAUGUGCAGAACCCUCUGAAUGCGUACUGCCGCCUUGGACGCCGCAUCGCAGAUGUGACGUACAUUGAACACCAUCAGCAGCUCGUCUCGACUGAGCGUCUCCUGACGCACCUUGAGCGUGGGCUGGUUAACUCGGUGUGCGCAGCGUGCCUCGAGGUCAACAGCGCCGUCACCGACCCCUACACGCGCCACAUGGUUCCGUUUGUCGCUGGUCUCGGACCACGCAAGGCCGACGUCAUCUCAAACGCCAUCAACAAGCACGGACCCCUGUUAAAUCGCAUGCAGAUGUCAGAGUACGGUACGUUCGGCCCAACCAUCUUCGAGAACGUGGCUGGCUUCCUGUGUAUCGACAAUGACUUGAACGACUUCCGCCUCGACAAGGACGACAGCCCGAGCGAACAGGCUGAGCCGCUGGACAUGACGCGCAUCCACCCUGAGGACUACGAGUUUGCACAGAAGAUGUGCCAGGACGCCCUCGACCUCGACGCCGAGGACGUGGCCGACCAGCACAAGUCGCAAGUUGUUGUGCAGCUCAUGCAGGACGCGGACCGCGAGCGCAAGCUGCAGGAGCUCAACCUCGAUGACUUUGCGUUCAACCUCCAACGCCAGGGUGAGGGCAACAAGCGGCACACGCUCGGCGCCAUUGUGUCUGAGCUUAUCGCGUGGCGUCAGGACCGCCGCCCUAUGUUCUACGUUCCCAACGACUGGGAGGUGUUGACAAUGCUCACGGGUGAGACGGAACGUACGAUCGGGCCCGGUCUGCGCGUGACGGCGACCGUGCGGCGCGCGCUGUCAGGUCGCGCGUUCUGUCAGCUCGAGACAGGCUUGGACGCAGUCCUAGAGCGCGAGUACGUGUCGGACGACCCGAUCAACUCGGUCGACGAGGUGCUCAACCGCGGACAGGCAAUCACGGCCGUCGUCCUCGAGCCGAAACCGGGGCGGUUCCAGGUUCGCAUCUCGACGCGUCAAUCGGACCUGGUGCAGAGCCAGCCGUUCAUGCAGCCGUUCCGCAACGAGGAGUACAACGACAUCGGGCGACAGCAGAUGGCCGAGGAGGCCGCGUCGCAGAAGCGAGCUCGCAAGGCCGGAUCCGUCAAGCGUGUCGUCAACCACCCGAACUGGCAUGUCAUGAACUCGGGCCAGGCCGAGCAGUUCCUCGCGGGCAUGACGCGCGGCGACGUCGUCAUCCGCCCUUCGUCCAAGGGACCGGACCACCUCGCGGUUACUUGGAAAGUCGACGAGGACGUGUACCAGCACAUCGAUGUGCAGGAAAUCGACAAGCCGCAUGAGCACGCACUCGGCCGCAUCCUCCGCAUCGGGAACAAGUACACGUACUCGGACCUCGACGACCUGAUCAUCAACCACGUCAAGGCGAUCGCGCGCAAGUUUGACGAGAUGGUCGUCAACGACAAGUACAAGCCAGAGGACGAGCUCGAAGGCUUCCUCAAGAACUACGUGCAGGCCCACCCUGGGCGGUCGAACUACGGCUUCUCGAUCGACUCGGACCGUCCUGGUUACUUGAAGCUCGCGUUCCUGAACAAGAGCACAAAGGACGGCGGCGUGAUUCAGACCUGGCCAGUCAAGGUUCUCCCGGGCGCCUACCAGCUCAACAACGCCGAGGUGCCCGGAGUCACAGAGCUCUGCAACGCGUUCAAGGCGCAGUAUUCGUCCCGGCUAAGCGAGCAGGGACAGGGCGGCAAGACACCCGGUAUCCGCGCGGGCGGGCGUACGCCUGGGGGCCGGACUCCGGGAAUGCGUGGAGGCGCGACGCCGCAUGGUGGCCGGACUCCGGGAUACGGCCAGACCCCACACCAGGGGGGACGAACGCCGGGCUACGGACAGGGGUACGCGGGUGGUCGCACGCCCAUGCGCCCUCCUCCAGGGGGACCUGGCGGUCCCGGUGGCCCAGGAGGGCCUGGUGGGCCUGGUGGCCCCCCUGGGUUUGGGGUUUACCCUCCGCCGCCGCCACCGUCGCACUUCAACCAGUGGGGUGGACCACCGCCUCCCCCUCCUGCGGCGGGCGGCUCAGGGAUGAACCCCGAACGGGCGGCGAUGAUUGCGCGCAACGGAGGGUAUUAG